GGCCGUUGUCUCGAGGCCGGCUGGCGGGGAGCUGAGGCGGCGCGCGGGUGUAGGGCGCUCUGGACAGGAGACUCCAGGAGCAGCAGCCUUAGUUCUCUCCUGUGGGACUCCAUCCCCUCUCCAGCUCCAGCCCCACAGCCCUCAGGCAUCUGUGAGAGCAGCAGACAAUGAAGAAAUCUCUGGAACCCUUGACUUUCAGAGAUGUGGCCAUAGAAUUCUCGGAGGAGGAGCAGGACUGCCUGGACCCGGCACAGUGGAAAUUGUACCGGGACGUGAUGUUCGAGACCUACAGGAACCUGGCGUCCUUGGGUCUUGCUGUGUCUAAGCCCGACCUGGUUGUCUUGUUGGAGCAAAGGAUGGAGCCCUGGGAUGUGAAGAGAAGUGCAGGUCCCGUCCUCCUCCCAGCCCUGUCUUCUCAAGACGACCAGGUCUCCAUGCCACAGUCAGGCACAGAAGAUUUGUUCUUAAAUGUGGGACUGGGAGGAGAUGGAAUCGACGCUUUCGAGAAUUUAGAAUUAUUGCGAAACCAGACAUGUCAAGAGGCAUGUGAAGAACACAAGAGCUGUUGCGAUGAAGAUUGCCAAGAAGGGAGAAUUGUCCACAAUCGAAUUCCUCCUGCAAAAGGUGAUCCAGCAUGUAAACCAUAUUGGGUAAAACACCAUUUUACGUCUGUUGCAGGUAUAGAUAAAUAUGUUUCUGUUAGCAAAGAUCCAUGUGACGUUUUUAACAAGACACAAUUUCAGAGAGGAAUGUUGGAACAUAUGGGAAGUCCCCUAGUGCAUAAUGCAAGUGAUUAUUCAAAACAUUGUCAAUGUGGGAUAAAUUUAAACUUUCAGUCAAGUCAUUCUCAACAUCAGAGAAUUAGAAAGGAAAAUAAAAAAUCUACACAGGGUCACAUUGAGGAGUCCUCAGAACUUCUCCAGCAUCACACAGUUCAUGAGAAACCCUACAGUUAUAAAGGAUAUGGCAAAGCCUCCAAAUGGUGCCCAAGACUUACUGAACAUCAGAGAGAGAAACCUUCCAAGUGUGAAGAGCAUGGUAAAGCCUUGUAUUGGCAUCCACAGCUGACUAACCAUCUAAGGAUUCAUGCUGGAGAAAAGCUUUACACGUGUCCAGAUGGUGGUAAAGUCUUUCUAGGCUUGUGUCACCUUUCCCAGCAUCAGAGAGUUCAUACUGGGGAGAAACCUUAUAGAUGUGAGGAAUGUGGCAGAGCCUUUAAACAGCAGUCACAUCUUAGUCAACAUCACAGAAUUCAUACUGGGGAAAAUCCUUACAAAUGUGAAGAAUGUGGCAAAGCCUUUAACUACCUGUCAGGUCUUUCUGACCAUUACAGAAUUCAUACUGGGGAAAAGCCUUGCAAAUGUAAAGUAUGUGGCAAAGCCUUUAACAGUAAGUCAGAUCUUGCUCGACAUCAUAGAAUUCAUACUGGGGAGAAACCUUACAGAUGUGAGGAAUGUGGCAGAGCCUUUAACCAGCAGUCACAUCUUAGAAAACAUCACAGAAUUCAUACUGGGGAAAAACCUUACAGAUGUGAAGAAUGUGGCAGAGCCUUUAACCAGCAGUCACAUCUUAGUCUACAUCACAGAAUUCAUACUGGGGAAAAACCUUACAGAUGUGAAGACUGUGGCAAAGCCUUUAACUACCUGUCAAAUCUUUCUGACCAUUACAGAAUUCAUACUGGGGAAAAGCCUUGCAAAUGUAAAGUAUGUGGCAAAGCCUUUAACAGUAAGUCAGAUCUUGCUCGACAUCAUAGAAUUCAUACUGGGGAGAAACCUUACAGAUGUGAAGAAUGUGGCAGAGCCUUUAAACAGCAGUCACAUCUUAGUCAACAUCACAGAAUUCAUACUGGGGAAAAACCUUACAGAUGUGAAGACUGUGGCAAAGCCUUUAACUACCUGUCAAAUCUUUCUGACCAUUACAGAAUUCAUACUGGGGAAAAACCUUGCAAAUGUAAAGUAUGUGGCAAAGCCUUUAAUAGUAAUUCAAAAGUUACUCGACAUCAUAGAAUUCAUACUGGGGAGAAACCUUACAAAUGUAAAGUAUGUGGCAAAGCCUUUAACAGUAAGUCAGGUCUUGCUCGACAUCAUAGAAUUCAUACUGGGGAGAAAACUUACAGAUGUGAAGAAUGUGGCAGAGCCUUUAACCAGCAGUCACAUCUUAGUCAACAUCACAGAAUUCAUACUGGGGAGAAACCUUACAAAUGUGAAGACUGUGGCAAAGCCUUUAAUCGGAAGUCGAGUGUUACUCUACAUCAGAGAAUUCACAUCAGAGAGAAAUGUUAAAACUGUGAAGUCAAUUUUUUGACUUUAGUCUUUUUUAACCAGAAGUCAAAUCAUCCUAAAUAUCAGAGUGUGAACUGAGAGAAACCCAUUAAUGAAAAGUGAUGAAUGGUUUGUCCAAAUACAAAUUCUGAAACCACCAGAUUUUCAUACUGGAAACUUGAAAGAAGUGAAAUAUGAGAAAGUAAUUUAUUACAAAAUUUGGAUUCAUAUUAAGACAUUGCAGUACAGUCGGAAGUGAGUAACACUUAUCAGACAUUCCUUAAUGAGAAGAUUGUUAUGGAGCCUAAACCAACAUUAAAACACUAAAUAUUAGCAUAAUUGAAUAGCUCGAGAGGCCUUCCUGGCAGUGCAGAGGGUUAAGUCACAGCACUAUGAAGCUAUCUGUAGCCACUGCAGCACGAAUUCCCCAGCCAGGGAGCUGACCACAUGGAACAGCAGACCUGUGCUGACUUUGCUGCUCCCCUCAGCAGUGUAUUUCAGUAUACCCAUCUGUUCUGCUCCCCACUCUGUCUCUGGUGAAUUCUCUCACCCCCACGCCUCUGGCCUACACCCCCAUCUCUUGUAUGCAUAAAUAAAAUCAAUGUUAAAAAAAAUAUCAAAGUUCAAGAUGAUGGUUUGAGAACACGCAUAGUCAUUUUCUGUGUCUUUUUUUUACCAACCGUUCUUGACAUUAUGAAGAGACCUGAUGAAUGUAAUUCAGACCUAAAGCAUGUCAUUGUAUGGCUUUCUCCUCAAAUGUAAGUCAAGUCAUGUGUUUGAAAUUUGCUGCUUCAUACAUCUAAGAGACCCUCCUAGUUGAUGAAUUUGUUCACAUCUUAGUUGCUCGGGCAAAUUCACGAUGGUGUCAUGUAACAUGUAUGAAGAAAAUCUAAAUGGAUAUGCUGUCUGUAGUUGACUCAAAAGAUUGAUCUGAAUCACCCAGAGGAGUUGUGGACUUCAUUGUGGGCAUGAAAGUCAGACAGAAACAUGCUGAAGUUCAAAGCAUUUCAUCAUUUUCUCCUUCAGGGAAUACACUAACAGUUUAUUAAAACGCUCAUGUUUCUUCACGGUAGUAAUCGAGAUCAUGAAUAUUAUUUGAUGCUGUUGCCAGAAGAAAUCUUCACUGGCACAUGAUGAAAGUGCAGGUGAGUUUUCAUAACAGGGCGGAGAAUUCUUGCCCAUUCACAUUAGCUGAGUCAAGCGUCUCUGUGUUGAACAGAGUGACUCUGGGAUCCCGGUAUCGGACAAGAUGCUUCUUAAAUGCCAAAAUCUUGAUUUUGACAAAAGAGCACACAGUGGUUUCUGAAUGUCUUAUUUGGACUGUAUGUGAGCUUAAUGUAUAUUUUAAUAAAGCUGAUUUCCUUUU